CCUUCGAGGCUGGUUGCCUGGCUGACGCAGGUGCUUUGCUAUGUAAUUCCAGUUCCAGUUCACAGAGCUGCUCAGAAGGCAAUUCAUGGACUCUUCCAUACACGAAAUCCUUUCUUUGUGGUCUUGCACUUGAUCUUGGAAGGGCUGGUUUAUGGCGAGUAUACGUGGGAAGUGUUUGGCUACUGCCAAGACCUGGAGUUCAGCAGGCUCUUCCUCAUCCUUCCUUACCUCCUGUUGGCUGUGAAUGUUGCUUUCUUCAUCCUCUGCUCCAAGACUAACCCAGGUACCAUAAUGAAAUCCAACCAGCUUCUGUUUCUUCAUGCAUAUGCAUAUGAUGGUGUGAUGUUUCAGCAAGAUGUUGAAUGCCUUACCUGCACAGUGAGAAAACCAGCCAGAUCUAGGCACUGUGGUGUGUGCCGCAGCUGUGUGCAUCGUUUUGAUCACCACUGCAUUUGGGUCAAUAACUGCAUUGGCGCCUUCAACAUCAGAUUCUUCCUUUGCUACCUGCUCACUUUGACCUCCAUGGCUGUUUCUAUUGCAACUCUAACAGCCAGCUUUCUCAUCCAAGUGGUCCUUUUGUCAAAUAUUAUGCUGGGACAUUAUACUGAUGACCAAGGUCAAGAACAUCCAGUUGAUACCUUCUUUCUUAUUCAGCAUCUUUUCCUGACCUUUCCUAGGAUUGUAUUCAUGCUGGGCUUCGUCAUCCUCCUGUCGGUUAUACUGGGCUCCUAUUUCUGCUUCAUCCUGUAUCUUGUACUGACCAACCAGACAAGCAAUGAGUGGUUUAAGUCAGCAAGAUAUACAUGCUCUUGCUCAGAGAAAUACAGCAGACAGGAAGGGUACAAAAAUAUUUACUCCAAAGGAGUCUGGGCCAACAUAGCAGAAAUUAUGAAGCCUCUGACAAGUCCUGCAGAGAAAAGGAAGUGACUCCUUACAGCCCCAACAGACUGCCCUGCCCCAAAGACCUGGCAAAGCAGAGCUUCAACAUCUUAAAUCAGCCUUACAGACUUAUCUCCCAUGCAAUGAACUUUUACACUAUGUACUAAAUGAUGAGUGCCCAGAAGGGGAAAAUGAGAAAAAGUAUGAAUUCAUCAAUGUGGGAGUUGAGCGCUACUUUUUUAAUGUUUUCCUGCUAAAGAGCCCCAUGGAGGUGGUGGUAUAGUAUUAAUUAUUAUUGUUACUACUACUACUACUACUACUACUACUACUACUACAUUUUUUUGGUGAGGUAAGAUGACUGGAGGCCUACACCUAUUUCAUUUCCUGCUGCAAAUUAACAGGAAGUCCACUCCACAGCCAGUUUUGCAGGUAGCUGGAACUACAUACAGCCCUGGCCUGCAUUAUGUGGGUAUUAGAAAUCUCUAAGAGGUCAAUUCUAUGGGUGGAUCCCUCCCAUCCUUGAAUUACAAGGGCUAA